CUUAGAGAGUGGAAGGCGGAGAUCGGCGACGACGAGGCCAAGUUCCAGGAGCGGGCUCGCGCGUCGAGCGAGUGCAGGAGCGCGCCACGCGGCGGCGACCUCGGCUUUGUGACGCGCGGCAAGCUCUCUCCGGAGUUUGACGAGGUCAUCUUCGAGGAGGAGCCGGGCUUCGUGUAUGGGCCUCUGCAGACGCAAUUCGGCUACCAUCUGAUC